UUUCAAACAAAGCUACAUCAAACGGCAGCACCAUGCCGUCCAAACUCUCCAAAGUGCAAAAGCACGUCCGGAAGAAGAAGGGCGACAAGAUCAAUUCACUACACGAGAACAGCCGAGAUGCACGACGUUUGCGCCGAGCUGGAACCAGAGACGACCGCGUAGCCAGAGGAUCUGCGGUGCGGGAAAAGCUGAACAGGCGAUGGAUCGAUCGCGUCUUCUUUUGUCAAGACCGCUUACCUGCUACGCUGCACCCGCUUGGUUUGGAGGAGGUUCAGGAGAUUGUGGAGGAAUAUCUCGCGCGUCAUGACGAGGAACUGGAACAGCUCAAAGCCGAGCGCAGAGCUGGACGGCCGCCGAGCACGCGGCAGACUUUACUAGAGCAACAGAAGACGGUCGAUGCACAGGAGUACGAGAGUGGACUUUGGCUUCCCAACCUCCAGGACGAGGAGACGCUGGUGAAGCUGGAUGUCUGGCAGGGUGAUUGGACUGGGCUUGCAAACAUGCGGUUCGUGAGGCUGGAGAAGAGGGGAGUGGCGAAGGAGAGUCAAUUUCCGCCUCGGGGUGCAUCAUGAGGCUAUUCACGGCUGGAUUACAAACGACGAGACAAGCCAUGCCCAUGAUGUAUCGCCUGUUGGAGGAACAGACUUUCCGGGC